UCCUGUAAAUCUCCAGAAGUUGUUUAAGAAUAGAAAAUUGCUUUACAGUAUCCAAAAUCUGUUGGAUCAGCGUCAGAUCAGCGUCAAUCUCCAUGAAAACGUGUAUUUAUAUAAUAAACCUUUAGUUGAUUAUGGAGAGAUUUUUAUCAGAACCAAACGUCAACAAACAAACAAACAGUGAGCUGGUGACAGAAAUGCAGCUGCAGCUGAGCCUGCAUGAGGUUCGGAACCGGAACCGGGAGGUUCAGGGUCGGCCCAGCAGUGAGAUUCUACUGCAGCAGGAAUGUUUCCGGGUCCCCGAACGCAUCACCGUCCAUCUGCGCCGAGCCGUCAGUGAAUCUGUGAAACACGACACGGGGUCCGGUAACGCUUCACCGCCUGGGCGGAACCAGAACCCGGAUCCAGUAAACCCUCCCAGCGAUCCUGCAGGUUCUGCUGCGUUCUGUUGGGCUCGGUACCGGGUCUAGUCCAGUCAGUUCACAGUUCAUUUUCUUUUGAGUUCUGGAAUAGUUCUGGACCUGUCCGUUCGACCCGUUUCCUCCAACCAGAUUAAUUUAAUUUAAUUUAAUUUAAUUUAAUCAGUAAUAUUUCUGUAAAUGCGCCACAAUUAGAAAAAAAAUUCUCAUUUAGUGCCACUAAAAAUGAUUUAACUUCAUAAAUUGUGUCAAUGCAAAAAAAAAUUAAUCAAUACAAAACAAUAAUAAACAUAAGACAGAGAAGAUACAACACAAUUAUCAUAAGAAGUAACUAAAACUAAAUUCAUUCAUUUAGAUGGUGAAACAAGGAAUUGGGUCAUUAUUUAAAAUGUUGGCAGAUCUAAUUUGUUUUUUUAAAUAGAUUAGAAAAAUAAAAGAGGUGCUCCAAUUUAAAAAAAAUUAUAAUUUGUUACUAAAACUCAAAGUUAAUCUUAUUAAUUUUAUGAAGUUGUCAUGUUAAACAAACGUAAAUAAAUACAGUUCAAUCCGGUUAGCGCCGUCAUUAACAUGGCAGAACCCAGCCCUCAUCAUGAUGCUGCCACUCUCCACCAGCUGCUGAGGGAAUAAUAACUGAUCAUUUCCUGUGUUUUCCUCUGAAGCUGCAGUCAGGUCUCUGUGCGCCUCUUCCUCCUCCUGCAGGAUGUCUGUGGGCGGAGGCCUGAGGAAGAGGAGGAGGAAGAGGAGGCUCCAGCCUUCCUCCAGGCCCGCUCCCACAACUCUUCAAGCAAACUUUCCUCCAAUGUUUCCGUGAAGCAAAAACUGCGACGCUUCGCGUGGCGCGGGAGCAAAAGCACGCAGCGGGUCCCCGCGGGGCUGCGGGGCCCGCGGAGGGACGGCGGCAUGUCGAGGAGAUCCGCAGCCGCCUGGAUGUGACUCCGAGGAGGAUGGAGGGAGGAACAGAACCAACAGAGGAGGAGAAGGAGAAGGAUCCUAAUCACAUCCCAGUGGAACACCAGGAGUUUCCCAUCAUGCACUGGGAGGAACUGAGCCAGCGGAUUGCUGAGCUGGAGAAGCAGGAGCAGGAGAGGAGGGAGAAGAGGAGGACGGGUCUGAGGACGGAGAACGUCUGGGAGGAAGAGGAGGAAGACAUCAGGAGGGGACGAGUCGCCGUCUCCACAUCACGACUGAACUGCAGGAACCUGCAGCUCUGCUUCAUCAACAACAGCGACAGCGAGGAUGAUGAUGAGGAGGAAGGAGCUGAGAGGAAGGUUCCCAUGGGAGCAGGACACAAUGGUUGCCAUGGCAGCGGGUUGAAACAGGAAGUGGCAGCAGCUCUGAGAGUGCUGAGAGACAAUCUGCUGGCUGAGCAGAGGCAGCAGGAGAGCCAGGCCAGCUGCAGCGGUUUCGUCCAGCGGAAACAUCUGGAGCGCAGAGAGCUGCAGGAUCUGAGUGAGACGCAGCUGAUCGGCCUGCAGGGGGCGCUGCAGCAGGAGGUCCACGUGCUGAGCGCAGAGCUGGUGGCCCAACUGAUGGUCCGGGACCAGCUGAGGACCAAGCAGGACGCCAUGCUGCUGGACGUCCAGGACCUGACCUGACUCCAGAACCAGAACCGGGCCGAGCUGCUGUCGGGUCGGGAUGCUGCUCUCCGUCCUGGGGGAAACGAGGUCCAACAGAACCACCCGGAAGGCCUGGACGGAAGCAGAACCGGGUCAUAACGGACCUCCGGUUGUGGUCAGCGGGUUCUGGAGAACUGCUGAUUGACCCAGAACGGAAAUCAAUCGGUUUGAUUAGAAAUGAAUCAAUAAGUUUAUUUAACUCAGUGUUUAUUUCUGGUCAGAUUCAGGUUAAAGUUUAAUAUUAAACUAUAUUCAUGUUUCUAUUUUAUGUUCAUCUGAACAAACGGAGGAAAGUUUCACUGUGACUUUAUUAAAUAGAAUAACAAACUGUUUAAAUCUGUAUUAAAUUUAUUUGGAGGAAAAGGA